GCGCGCACACACACACACACACACACACACACACACACACACACACACACACACACAAGUCAUAACUGAAUGACGGCAGGUCGCUAUGGAAACUGCGUUACGCUCCGGGCGGCCGGAGGAGAAAACAAGAGCGCGAGGAGUCAUUUCAGUCUUCAUUUCAGCACCACGCGAGCUCUUGGACAGCGCCCGAAUGAACUCGCGCACAGCUUCUAGCCUCAUAUGCCUUAUCAGAGACAGAGCCGCAUCAGCACCGAGCCUAACCCGAGUGGGUGGUAGGCACUCCAACAGCAAAACCAGCCCCCGUACAAGAGACACAGACUCUCCGGACCUGAAGCUCGGUGGACUCCCCAGGUCGAGCCAGUCGCCAGGAGCCAGUCGCUCCCUCAAAUGCUGCAGCAACAGGGCAGCAGCAUGUCUGAAACUAAAUCCAAUCAGCGGUUCCACAGCCUGAACACCGAGCAGGUGGAAGUUCUCCAUCAGGUUUUGUCAGAGGUGGUUCCAAUCCACGGCCGCGGGAACUUCCCCACGUUGGAGUUGCGUCCCCGAGACAUCAUCAUAGCUGUGCGGGCUCGGCUGCAGAAGCUGGGAAUCACAGUGAGAGAUGUUCGCCUGAACGGCUCCACGGCCAGCCACGUCCUCGUCCGAGACAACGGAACCAGCUACAAGGACCUGGACAUCAUCUUUGGAGUGGAGCUGCCCAGUCAGGAGGAGUUCCAGGUGAUCAAGGAGUCAGUGCUGGGCUGCUUGCUGGACUGCCUACCUGCUGGGGUCAACAGGGAGCGGAUCAGCAGCGCCACAAUGAAGGAGGCCUAUGUCCAGAAAAUGGUCAAGGUCUUCACUGAGCACGACCGCUGGAGCCUCAUCUCGCUCUCAAACAACAGUGGCAAAAACCUUGAGCUCAAAUUUGUGAGCACGCUGAGGCGGCAGUUUGAGUUCAGCGUCGACUCCUUCCAGAUCAUCCUGGAUCGUCUCCUAGAGUCCUACAUGCAGCAGGAGGCCCCCCUGAAGAACAAUACCGUUGAUGUAAUGGACCAACCUGCAGCCCAUCAAAAUAAAGACUGUCCCUCUUUGCUCCAACAGGCCACUGCUUCGGAAACAGAGAAGACCUCUGGUAGAGACUCAUCCAGCAAAGAGGGGUCACAUGUCAGCCAGACACAACAGAGAGAUGAGGUGCAUGAAAAGGAGUCCCAGACAGAACACACUCAACUAUCAAACCAGACAAAAGACUCCACAGUUGAAAAACACAACAAAGAGAAAACACCCGUGGAGCUGAAAGAAGUGUCCGGACACAAUGAAGCCUUCAAUGAGACGGACUCCUCAGACCAGACGUCUCCAAACCUUUUGUCAGAAAAGGAACAAAGUUCUGAGAAAGCUGAACCAGCAGCUCAGACUGAACUCCGACACGAGCCGGAGCUCCAUGACGUGUCCAGAUGUUUGACAGAGGUAGAACAGUCAGAGCAAACCAAGACGUGUGAUGGCCAACAACCAGCACAUUCAGAUGACAAGGAACUCUCUGCCCACAAUGAACAGUCCAACCACCCAAACCCCCCCGAUGACCAGAACGAACUUACAGAGCAAACGGGACAGUUCGAGCCGCCAACAGGCUCAAACAAAGCCCAGACAGAGUCUCCAAACCUGGCAGAUGAAUGUCACAGCAAAGAGUGUUUCAGUGAGGAUCAGAGACGUGACGAGAAAGACAAAAAUCAACUUGGAUCGGACUCCAGCACAUCUUUACAUGCAAAGACAGAGACACAGUUAGCAGAUGUGACAGGUGAGCCAGGACAGAGAAAAAAGGAGACAGAAAGAAGUGAAAUGACAGAAGAGAUAUUAGCAUCAGAAGCUAAAAACGCAGAAGACACACAGAGUAGCGAUUGUUCCUGCUCCACCUCUUGCAUUUCCCUUACACUUUACAACACAGAGCCUGCUGGCACACAUGAUGCACCAGAGAUCCACAGCACGCCACACACUGAUAGAUCAGAAAAAACACCUAACACACGUGAUGGCGUCAGCCCUCCACAUACUCAGGAGAAUUUACCUGCACCAGCCAGCCUUGUUCCUGACAAAAAGACCUCUUCUUCUCCCUCUUGUAAGGCCUCGGAGAGACUUUCUCACAUGGUGGUGCUUAAACACUCAUCUCCCAAACCCCCUCGCAAGAUGUGUAGGAAGGUAACCACCAAUCCUGACCCCAGUCCAGUCUCUGAAACCGAACUUGUCAUAGAGCCCGGUCUGGUUCCAAACUUUUGCCCUAGCCCUGAACCUGAGAUAGCCUUUGAGCCAACAGGUCCCAGUCCAGAUCCUACAACAACCCAACCAACCAGUUUUUCUACUGAAACAAACCCUGGGCCUGAACCGACCCCUUCCUGUAACAUAGCUUCCAACCUAGACCUUACCUCAGCUCCUGAUCCAGCCCCUGAUAUAAUCUUCACCUCUGCUGUUGAUCCCACACCUGCUUUACCUCAGGAGCCCCCACCGCCUCAGCUAAUCACAGAAAGAUCAUGUGAGACAAGUAUCCAGAGCGUGAAAGAGACCCCAUCUACACAGGUGGCUUGUGAUGAACAGAGCCAGCCCUCGCCUAGUGAAACCACAUGUGCACCCAAGCAAUCAGAGCCUCUUGACUCAGUGACCACGUUAGUUUCACACACUGACACGUCCCGCUCCAACACCCCAGAUCCUACACACAACUCAGAAGUUGAGCUCAGUGAUGAAGAUGAAAUCAGAGAACCACAAACCAAAAAGGUGGGCUUGAAUCAGUCAAAGGGCUGCCAACAAGAUAACACACUUAGUUCUCCCUCCUCUUCCCACUGUCUCACCCCUCCUGUACUCAGUCUUUCCCCUCCAUGCUUCACUCCCUCGCCCCCCAGUCUCAGCCCUCCCCCAUGUCUGACCCCUCCCUCUCACUGCCUCGCACCUCUGCCACUGAACACCGUCAGCCCUGCCACAAGCUUCAGCUCUCCACCCCUGAGUAUAAGCCCUACCUCAUCCUGCCUCAGCUCACCUCCUUACCUCACCCCUCCAAUGCUUAGCCCCAGCCCUCCUCCACUGUGUCUUAGCCCCCCUUCCCCCUGCCUCAGCCCUCCCCUCCUCUGCCUCACUCCGCCGGUGGAGUCAGAGGACCUUGUACCUCAGGAAUCUUCAGACAUGGAGCCUUUGAUAGUGAACAAAGACAGCAAAGAACAGAUUAAAGAGUCCUCUCCCCAGCCAGGAACUCCUCUCCUACAGUUGGAGGAUAUAAAGGAAAAAGAUUAUAUCUCAUCGUUGCCUCAGGUUGCAGAGCCCGUCUCUUUUCCAAUCACUAUCCCGAGCUCCAGCUCACAUGUGCCGCCUCUCUCUCAGUCUGAAGACCCAGGGGUAUCUGGCCCUCCAAAAGCCGAUGAGGCACGGAGCCCUGUGCCCGAGAGCAAAGAGGCCCCUAAGGUACCUGCAGUCAUGCCUGAACAGAGCAGUGCUCCUCAGACAUCUUGCUCGGUCCCUGCUGUCGAGGUCCUGGCAGAGAGCAUGUACGGUGACUUUGAGGCGGCCAUGGACCACCUGCGCUACCGCCUAAUCGCUACCAGGAACCCCGAGGAGAUCCGAGGAGGCGGCUUGCUAAAAUACAGCAACUUGUUGGUCAGAGACUACCGACCGGCCAGCGAGACUCAGAUAAAGACACUGGAGCGCUACAUGUGCUCGCGCUUUUUUAUCGACUUCCCUGACGUGCAGGAGCAACAGAGGAAGAUCCUGUCCUACUUGAAGAACCACUUUAUCGGCGAGGAGAGAAGCAAGUACCAGUACCUGAUGACGCUGCGUCGCGUGGUCGACGACAGCACCGUGUGUCUGAUGGGCCACGAGAGGCGUCAGACGCUGAACAUGAUCACAGUGCUGGCCCUGAAGGUUCUCGGAGAGCAGAACAUCAUCCCCAACACAGACCAUGUAACGUGUUUCUACCAGCCCGCUCCAUACAUGGCUGAUCACAGUGCCCCCUACUUAGCAGAACCCAGCUACUGCAGCUACUACAUACCCCAAGGAGGAUCAACUCUGCUUUACCAACCAUACCCCUUGCACCUGCACACACAGACUGGACUAGUCUAAAACACACACACCAACACACAUAAUUACAGAAAACACACAAUCGAGCAAGGGGAAGGAGCUUUCCACAAGGAAAAAGAUGGAGAAUGGAAAUAUAAUCCAGGGAUAAACUGUUUGGUCUAUAAUAGAUCUAAGGGGGUGGGAUUGAGUGGGUUUUUACAGUAAACUCCCUGAGUACUCUGUAAGGUUCUGAUAUGAUUAUAUGUAAUUAUCUGGGCUUUGUGGGAAAAUAAUAAUUCUUCCGAUAUUGUUAAAAUUCCAGAAAAUGCUUUAUGCACUGAAUGAGUCAUAGCCCUUAGGUCUCCCUGGGAAACCAACUGUGCUGUUGACAUUCACACACAUGCACGGACACACACACACACACACAUGCACGGACACACACACACACACACAUGCACGGACACACUCACACACACACACACACAUGCACGGACACACUCCCACACUCACACACACACACAAACGCGCACACACACACAAAACUCACACUUCCAGGGUUUUGAAUUCUUGUAAUCUUUUCAUGUUCUUACUGUGUCGUUCUUAAUGGGUUUGUUCAGAAUGUGGACCUUGCCUGUGGUUGAUAUUGAUAUUGUGCAUGGAUAAAUUAGGACUGUUCUCUCACUGCCAAAUACUGUGUGACUCCUAUGCUUCUUAAACAGUUUAAUGUAACUUUGUUAAUCCUUUACUGAAGGGGUGUAUUCUGAAAAAAGAAAUACUGAGGGACAGGUCUACCAGUGUGUACAGUACCUAUUUCAGAACAUACACAUGCAUGCACAACACUUACACACAAAAACACACCCUUACAUACUUACACGCAAACAAACCUGCUGUACGCACACAGAGUUGGACAAUGCAUGAGUAACUAAUAUAUAGAUCACAUAUUGAAGUCAAAGCAAAGGCUUUUAAUUUAUUAAAAAUGGAUCUAUUUUUGCAGAAGAUAAUACUCAGUGCUAAACAGACUGGUUAAAUCCUACAGAAAAAUGCCAACAACAAUGCCUUUGCAGUAGACUGUACAGAGUAUUGAUCACAGUAUAUUGUGUGCAGAUACACUGCAUUGUUUUAAGAUAAAUUGUGUUAAGAUGUAGUGCUUGAUUCCUUUCCCUCGUGUAGAGUCCUUUCUGUAUCACGUAAAGUACUGUAGUGUUGAUUUGUUGAAUGCUAAAGUUAACUCUGUGGAGGUGGUCAGGUUAUAACCAUCUUUGGGUCAUCUCUGAACAUAGCAGAUGCAGAUCUGUCUAAACCGAGCAAAUUACAUUUUAAACUUGUGUGACUCCUCUCAGCGUGAAUCAGCAUCCUCUAAUUCAAGUCUGAAUCCACAGGAAACGAGUUCCAAAUCCACCUCAAACCUGUUUGAGUCGAAGUUCAAAGCUGUGCUACAGCAAAUAUGACCAAAGAUGGUUCUGUAGGAAAUCAAGUGCCUAAAUGUGAGACAUCAUUGGCAUGUCUUUAUCUCACUGCACUGGGGGGUGUAAUGGGGUGGGCCUUGGGUUGGGUUGGGUCUGUGUCUUCAAUUGUUGACCCCUGUUUCUGCUGCCCGUUUUGAUGUCUUCUUUAAUGUAGUCCUUUGUUGUAGUUCAUUCAUGUACAUUUUGAUAAAAUAAAGGAGAAACUCAA